CACUUGUCCGAAUUACAUCAGCCGCCCGCCCUCCUCACGCACGCCCACGGGCUCUCUCCCCUCACCUCGCGCCUCGUCAUCGCUCCGAUCUCUCUCUCCUCUCUCCAUCUCGUUUCCCCCGCCUGCGCAGCCAGCGCAAACCCUAGCACCCGCAAGCGCCGGCCCGGCUCGGAACCCGCCACCCCCGGCGACGGAGGCUAGAGCUGCCGCGCGCGGAAGAGCAGCGGCGUCGUAGUGCGGGGAUCGGCGGCGGCGCGGGGAUGGACCGGAAGCGCAUCAAGGACGCGCUCGAGAAGCACCUGGAGAGGAAAUCGCCGUCCACCUCCAGGGGCGCAGCCAAGGAUAGGGAGCGAGAGCGUCUCGCUGACGGGAAGCUGCCGGCGUCGCUCGGCAAGGCCGGGAAGGUUUCCGACGGUGAGGAAUUUGAAUCUGACAGUGAAUAUUCUGAUGUCAGUGGUUCUGAGGGAGAGGACACAUCUUGGAUUUCAUGGUUCUGUAGCUUGCGAGGCAAUGAAUUCUUCUGUGAGAUCGAUGAUGAUUAUAUACAGGAUGAUUUCAACCUGUGUGGUCUGAGUAAUCAGGUGCCAUAUUAUGAUUAUGCGCUUGAUCUCAUCUUAGACAUUGAAUCGUCUAAUGCUGACGCGUUCACUGAGGAGCAAAAUGAAUUAAUUGAGUCAUCUGCGGAGAUGUUGUAUGGAUUAAUUCAUGCACGAUACAUCCUAACCAGCAAGGGUCUGGCUGCAAUGUUGGAGAAGUUCAAGAACUAUGACUUUGGAAGAUGCCCUAGAGUGUACUGCUGUGGCCAGCCCUGUCUUCCAGCAGGGCAAUCUGAUAUUCCUAGAUCGAGCACUGUGAAGAUAUAUUGUCCAAAAUGUGAAGAACUUCACUAUCCAAGAUCCAAGUACCAAGGCAACAUUGACGGAGCAUACUAUGGGACAACAUUCCCUCAUCUUUUCCUGAUGACCUAUCCACAUUUGAAGCCACAGAAGCCGCCGCAGCACUAUGUUCCAAGAGUUUUCGGCUUCAAACUUCACAAGCGGUCAUGACAUGGUUGUACGAUCAGCAUAAGCUUCCUUUUACCUAGUUUGUAGGGAGAACAUUGUGGCCUGUUGAUGUAGGAACUCGGGCGCUUGAAUGUUGCUGCAACUGCUGAGCAAUUGUACCUGUUUUCAGAUGUUACCAUUCUGUGACCUUAGGUUCUCUCUCCCUCGCUCGCUCAAGUUAUGACCAUCAGCACGUUUCAGGUCAUUGUACACGGCAUCUUUCACCUGCUCGCUUUUAUCUGUUAUAUUUCGCAUACUUUUCAUC